AUGGUCGCUUUCUCUUCUAUUCUACUUGCUCUCGGCAGCGCCACUGCGGCGUUUGCCUCGCCACUCAACCUCUACACCGACCUCCAGAAGCGUGACGAGGGCGCCCUGAACACCAGGUCCACACCUUCCGGCACCGGCACCAACAACGGUUUCUUCUACUCCUUCUGGACGGACGGCCAAGGCUCAGUCACCUACAACAACGGUGCCGCCGGAAGCCUCCAGUACAAUGUACAAUGGUCCAACGUCGGCAACUUCGUCGCCGGCAAGGGCUGGAACCCCGGCGGUGUCCGCAACGUCACCUACUCCGGUACCUGGAACGCCGCCAACGUCAACAGCUACAUCUCGCUCUACGGCUGGACACGCAACCCCUUGAUUGAGUACUACAUCGUCGAAACCUACGGCUCGUACAACCCUGGCUCUGCUGCGCAGAAGAAGGGCACCGUCACCACCGACGGCAGCACAUACGACAUCUUGCAGACGACCCGUACUAACCAGCCUAGCAUCGACGGCACGUCGACAUUCCAGCAGUUCUGGUCUGUUAGGCAGCAGAAGCGUGUGGGCGGAACGAUUAACGUCCAGGCGCAUUUUGAUGCGUGGGCUAAGUUUGGGCAGAAGCUAGGCACGCAUAACUAUCAGAUCAUCGCAACUGAAGGAUAUCAGAGCUCUGGAAGUGCUUCCAUCACGGUCAAUGGCCCGUAG